GGGCCUAUCAACACAUGUAGAAAAAAAGGGACCAAUUACCAGGUCCACAAAACCUGCUAGCAGACAAUAAUGGCGUGGUCCUGGAGGGGGGUCCCUGGAAGCUCCAAGCCAGGCGUCUGCGCUCGGUCCCGAACCCAUUGAGCGGGCUUUAAAGCGCCCUGAAGAAGCCAUCGUCGUUCAUCCACAUUCAAUCAUCAUCCGGAUACCACCGAGACGAAUGACCUGUUACACACCGAUUCAUUGUUCCAGAGCUUCGGCUUCAGUAUCGCCGCUGCCGAGAUAUCCCAGCGCGGAGGUCCCGGGAUACAAUGUCAAGGCCUACCCGGCACAAGCCAACCCAACAAACAUACCGGCAAUUCCCAACACCUACAUCAGGGAUCCAGUUCACAUUGCCUUUAAUAUUCCUAAUCAGCCUCCCACUGAUGAGGACCCCCAACUGCUUUCCACCGCAGUUCAGCCUGAGAUAAGGGGAGCACCACCUCAACCCAUCAACUGAAUCAUGUAAUUGCACUAAGCCUCUUUGGGCGGCCAAAAGGGUGUCCUCUAAGAUUAUGGGGGGUCACUACAAAGGCUUCCAAAAUCUAAGGCUUCUAAAACUCCAUGAAUUUAACAUUCCUUAGUACAUAGUCACUAAGAUAUCUA